AUGCAGCAGGACGCUGGAGGAAGUGGAGGAGGGGACGGCAAUAGCAUGCAUCUGCUCCUGAGCAUCCUGGCCGACGGCGAGGAGCAGGCGAGGCGGCUCCUCCGCGAGCUGCCGCCGGCCGACGACGAGGGGCAGCUGCUCGGGCGGGGACCGGCGGCCCAGUGCUGCCGGGGCGUGGCGGAGCAGCUGCUGUGCACGUUCAGGAAGGCCAUCGCCGUCGCUAAGGCCAUCGAGGCGGCCGGCGGGGACUCGCCGCGGUCAGCCGACGAGGGCGCCGGCGCCGGCAGGGACGCGGCGCAGGCGCAGGAGCGCCAAGGUCAAGGCGUCUGCAAGAGAAGGAAGGGCUUGCCAAGAUGGACCGAAAAGUUCCGUAUACCCGAUGACGCGAAUUUGGAGUACACGCCGGACGACGGAUUCAGCUGGAGGAAGUACGGCCAGAAGGACAUCCUCGGCGCCAAAUUCCCAAGGGGCUACUACAGGUGCACGUACCGCAACGCGCAGGGGUGCGCCGCCACGAGGCAGGUGCAGCGCUCCGACGCCGACCUCGCCGUGUUCGACGUCACGUACCAGGGCGCGCACACCUGCCUCCAGGCGCAGCGCCGCGCCGCCGCGCCUUCCCCUCCUCCUCCUCCUUCCGCCGCGCACGACGUCCAACGGUCACCACCGGCGUUGCAGGACCCGGAGAUGCAGCUGCUCGAGAAUUUCAGGAACGGACUCAAGGUGGAGACCGACGGGCUGCCGCCGCUGCCCUUCCAUGGCGACGGCACCACAGCCUUCUCGUUCGCCUACGCCGCCACAGGAGCAGCGGGCUACUCGCCGGCGGGGAGCGGCGGCCAGCAGCUGCUGCAGGGAGGGGGCUGCUUCGUCCCGGCGUCUUUCUCGUCGCCGGCUGCAACGACGUCGACCGGACCGGGCUACUUCGCGCACUGCACGCGCGGGGCGCACGAGUCGCCGGAGCUCGCCGAGGUCGUGUCGGCGGCGACCGCCUCGGACCCGGCCGGCUUCGACUACUCGAUGUAUCUGCACCAGCACGACCUGGACGCGCACCUGCCGUUCCAGUUCGACCCCAUGUUCGGCCACCCUUCCAGCUCCCAUGGCCAACACGGAGACGCGUGA